GUAUUGAUAAUGCGCGCUUUUAAAUCAAAUCCAAUUUAUCCAAAUAAUUAUUAUGUCUCAGUUUGAAUCACGUCAUAUUCAAAAAUAGUUUAGUCCCACUUUAUUUAGGUGCAAGUCCGAUUCUUCUAGUAUCCCCCAGCAGUCUGGCAGCCCCAUUAGCACUUGUGUUUAUUCCGUGUCGUUGUUAUUGUUUUUAUCAGUUCCUUGGUUCCCUUGUGUGAAAAAUUUACCGAUCUUGAGCGGCAAGCCAAGGAUACGGAACCUCGAUGAAUUCCCUAAGGCGCUUGGAGCGCCUUGCCUCUGCGAGCAUGCUUCGCCGCUCCACCGGGAUAUCAGCGUACCUGCGUCCGCGCCUGUGCAGGACGAAUGCCACGAGCUCCGGAAGCAGCUCCACCGGCAAGCCCACCGUGAGUGCUGCAGAGGUGCGCAGCGUGGCGAAUAUCCUGCGCCAGCAGACGGGCAGCCUGGGCCAGCCAACCAGCAUCUCACAUCCGCAUCUAAUCCGGCCGGACGAACUAGUGUCAGGCGUGGAGCUGGACGAGAUGAAGGAUAGGCGGGAGCAAUUGAUGCAAAACAUCCGCGCCUACGCCCGCAGCUUCGGCAGCGAGUUCAACGGCCACAGUAGCAGUUGUCACAUGUUCGUUUUGGGCGCCGCCUCUAAGAAGUACAUGAGUGGAAAGAUCCCUUAUGUCUUCCGACAAAACUCGGACUUCUACUAUCUGACAGGCUGCCUGGAGCCGGAUGCCGUGCUGUUGCUAGUCAUCGAUGAGACCCAAAACGUGCACUCUGAGCUUUUCAUGCGCCCCAAGGAUCCGCAUGCCGAGCUCUGGGACGGUCCGCGUACCGGCCCCGAACUAGCCGUGCCGCUCUUCGGUGUGACGGAAGCCCAUCCGCUGGACCAGCUGGAAAAUGUGCUGGCCAAGAGGGCCGCUGACCUCAAGCCACAUCUCUGGUUCGACCACAAGAGCUCCGACCUACCACUUUUAGUGGAGAACAUGCUGCGAGUGAGCAGCACAGAGCAGCGCCCACUCUUGCCCGCCUAUACCUUCCUGGAGGCCAUGCGGCUGCUCAAGUCGCCCGCAGAGAUGAGGCUUAUGCGGCGCACCUGCGACAUAGCAGCUCGAUCCUUCAACGAGGUGAUGGCUGAAUCACGGCCGGGACAAUCGGAGCACCACCUGUUUGCUGCCAUUGACUUCAAGUGUCGCAUGCGCGAUGCCAGCUACCUGGCCUAUCCGCCUGUGGUGGCCGCCGGGCGCAAUGCCACCGUAAUCCACUACGUAAGCAACAGCCAACUGCUGCAGCCACAGGAUCUGGUUCUAAUGGAUGCCGGCUGCGAGUAUGGCGGCUACACCAGCGACAUAACGCGUACAUGGCCAGCCAGUGGAGAGUUCACAGAUCCACAGCGUACGCUUUACGAAAUGCUGCACCAGCUGCAGGCCGAUAUUAUUGGCACGGUGAUGAAGCCCGGCGGCGAGACCCUGGACCAACUGUUCGAAACCACAUGCUACAAGUUGGGCAAGUACCUGCAGGAGAUCGGUCUGGUGUCCAAAUCGGUGAGCGACUACAAGGAGCUGGCUGGCCAGGGCUACCGUUUCUGUCCACACCACGUCUCCCACUAUCUGGGAAUGGACGUUCACGACACGCCGCAUGUACCGCGCAACACGCGCAUUGUGGCCGGCAUGGUGUUCACUGUGGAGCCGGGAAUUUACAUUGGACAGGAUUGCGGCGAUGUGCCGCCAGAGUUUCGCGGUAUCGGCAUCCGCAUCGAGGACGAUCUGUUGAUAAACGACCGUGGCCAAGUAGAGGUUCUCACCGACGUCUGCGUUAAGGAUCCGCGCGCCCUGGAGGAGCUGUGCAAGCGUGACCAAACGGAGCCUGCUGCCUCAAAUUUGUUGUGAGGUGUUCCUUUGUUCAUUAUAAAAUUCCUAGUCAUGCGCAUUCAUCCUCUGCAAGCAUCUGCGGAUCCUGUCUUAAAGUUGGCUCGUUUAUUAAUAGCAAAUACAUUGAAUGAUUUUAUUUCUGGAAGCCA